ACACACGGGCGCGCACACAUGCAGCCAGAAGCACGCAGCGCGAGCUAGGCAAAAAGCUGCUCCGGUAUUGUUAUCCUUGGGAGCGAGCGGAGGCGGCGGCGGCUGUUACCGCUGCUCGGGGGAGACUUAGAAAAGUGAAGGAGGCAAAAAAUAAAAUAAAAUAAGGGAGUCGGGACGGAGCAUGCAGAAGCAGCUUAGCCGGCAUCCGAGCGGCGGUGCCAAGGCACAGUUGGGGACGUACUAAGAAGGGGACCGACUGCUUCAAGUCGCCGGCGAAGGCAGCCUGAGAAACAGGAAGCGGGGCUUUAUUCCAAGAAGGAGCCGCUACCCCCCACCCGCCCCGGAUUUUAGAUUGAGUAUCCCCGCUGCCUUUUGUGUGCGGGGACCGUCGCCGGUACCCAGGACGCGAGGGGAGAGGGAUAAGGAGCCGAGCUGCCGCUGACCUACAGCCCAGUCGCCCUUUUCCCUCGAGACCAGCCCUGCCGAUCCUCCGCCAGCCCCUCCUGCCUUUCUCUCUUCUCACCUUGGCCCAAGGCGGCCGAGCCUCCCUCCCCGACCCGCGGACUUUUCGCCCCGCUGAAGCUCUCUCCCGUUUUGUGCAUCUCUCCUCUCUCCCCUGCCUUCGCCUCCAUGUGCCGGAAAGCUGGAACGCCGCCUCGGAUCUGGCCGUCGCUGCUCUGGCUCGUACUGGCGGCCCUGCAGCAGGCACCUAUAAAGGCAACUUGUGAAGAAGGCACAUUAUGCAAGACUGGAUUUCCUGAAGACAUUUACAAUGCAGUCAUAUCCAAGGGAGUAAACGAAGGACAGCCUCUUCUUAAUGUAAGAUUUAGAAACUGUGAAGCAAGCAGAAAAGUCCAUUUUGAAAGCAGCGCACCAGCAGAUUUCAGAAUUGGUGAAGAUGGUGUGGUAUAUGCAGCUAGAAGCUUUCAGCUUUCUCCAGAACCCACUGAAUUUUUCCUGUAUGCCAGUGACAAAGAAACAAAGGAACAGUGGCAAGUGAUCAUAAAACUAGGUCUUGAUCCAAAGGAUACCAUAAAGGAACAAAAGAAAAUGGAAGACAUUGUAUUUCCUAGACAACAAAAUAAACACAGCGGCCAUCUGCAAAGGCAGAAGAGAGAUUGGGUUAUCCCUCCAAUCAAUUUGCCAGAAAACUCCAGAGGGCCAUUUCCUCAGGAAUUAGUUAGGAUCAGAUCUGAUCGUGAUAAAAGCCUUUCCCUGCGAUACAGCGUUACUGGUCCAGGUGCUGAUCAGCCUCCAACUGGCAUCUUUAUCAUCAAUCCCAUUUCAGGUCAACUAUCAGUGACAAAACCAUUAGAUCGGGAGCAAAUAGCUUCUUUUCAUCUAAGGGCACAUGCCGUAGAUGUAAAUGGAAAUCAGGUGGAAAAUCCCAUUGAUAUUGUUAUUAAUGUCAUUGAUAUGAAUGAUAAUAGACCUGAAUUCCUACAUCAGGUUUGGAAUGGGACAGUCCCAGAAGGAUCAAAACCAGGCACCUAUGUGAUGACUGUCACUGCUAUUGAUGCUGAUGAUCCCAACGCUUUGAAUGGAAUGCUGAGAUACAGAAUCUUGUCACAAGCCCCAAGCACCCCUUCUCCAAAUAUGUUUACAAUCAACAACGAAACAGGUGACAUUAUCACAGUUGCAGCUGGACUUGACAGAGAGAAAGUACAACAGUAUACAUUAAUAAUUCAAGCUACAGAUAUGGAAGGAAAUCCAACAUACGGUCUUUCAAAUACGGCAACUGCUAUCAUCACAGUGACAGAUAUCAAUGACAAUCCCCCAGAGUUCACAGCCAUGAUUUUCUAUGGUGAAGUUCCUGAAAACAGAGUGGAUGUUAUAGUAGCUAAUUUAACUGUGACAGAUAAAGAUCAACCACACACGCCUGCUUGGAAUGCAGUAUACAGAAUGACAAGUGGCGAUCCUUCAGGCCGGUUUACCAUUCUUACUGAUCCAAAUAGCAAUGACGGGUUGGUAACUGUUGUGAAGCCUAUUGAUUUUGAGAGCAAUAGGAAGUUUGUACUGACUGUAGCUGCAGAAAACCAAGUGCCUUUGGCAAAAGGAAUACAGCAUCCUCCUCAGUCCACAGCCACUGUAUCCAUUACAGUUAUUGAUGUGAAUGAAAGCCCAACUUUUGUCCCAGUCACAAAGCUUAUACGUCAGGAGGAAGGGAUUCUUCCUGGGGCUGUUUUAACAUCAUUUACAGCUCAGGAUCCAGAUCGUUACAUGCAACAGACUACUUUAAGAUAUUCAAAACUUUCAGAUCCAGCCAAUUGGUUGAAGAUUGAUCCAAUUAAUGGUCAAAUAACAACAACUAGUAUUCUGGACAGAGAAUCACCACAUGUGAAAAAUAAUAUGUAUAAUGCUACUUUUCUUGCCACCGACAGUGGGAUCCCAUUAAUGAGUGGGACUGGUACACUUCAGAUCUAUCUGCUUGACAUCAAUGACAAUGCUCCCCGAGUGGAUCCUCAAGAAGCUACAACAUGUGAAACGCUACAGCCCAACGCAACAAAUAUCACAGCAAUAGAUGAUGAUAUUGAUCCAAAUGCUGGACCAUUUGCAUUUGAGUUGCCAAAUUCUCCUCCCAGUGUUAAGAAAAAUUGGACUAUUGUUCGCAUUAGUGGUGACCGCGCCCAAUUGGCUUUAAAGAUCAGGUUCUUGGAGGCUGGAAUAUAUGAUGUUCCAAUAAUAAUAACAGAUUCUGGAAAUCCUCCCAAGUCUAGCACUUCUAUUCUGAAGGUGAAAGUUUGUCAAUGUGAUUUAAAUGGAGACUGUACAGAUGCUGACAGGAUUGUUGGUGCAGGACUAGGCACGGGUGCCAUCAUUGCAAUUCUUCUCUGCAUCAUCAUACUACUUGUUCUAGUUCUAAUGUUUGUGGUUUGGAUGAAACGCCGUGAUAAAGAACGUCAGGCCAAGCAGUUACUCAUAGAUCCAGAAGAUGACGUGAGAGACAAUAUUCUCAAAUAUGAUGAAGAAGGUGGUGGAGAAGAAGAUCAG